CAACUGAGAGGAACCUUAACUCAUCCAAGAUAUUUUAUUCAUUGGCACAACAUUAAUGCCCCACUUCGCUUUCAAACCUGUAAUCUUCUUUGUGGCUGUGAUGGGACUGAUAUAGCGAUAUCUUUACUGUUAUGAUUCAUCAAUCAUGAAUAUUUUUAGAAUUCUGACAGCGCCAAUAUAAUAAUUGUAAAAUUUACAUCCAUAACAAUUAGAAGCGUAGAACUUGAACUGAAUUUUAUUCUUUCGAAAUUUAUCCUUUGCUUUUACUUGCUGCUCUUCCAGAUUCCUCCGUCAUUAAAGUAUUAGAAGCCAGCUGCCCCACCAUUUCUGCUAACAGACAUUAAGCUUUCAAGAGUGAUUAGACUUUUGCAGCUAAUUCAAAAGGGUAAAUUGUCUUGGAGGAUUAGAAAAGAAUCAUGAUUUUGACCAUUCUCCAUUUUUAACUCCCUUUCCUUUCCAAUGCUCUCCAAAUCUUAGCUUCUCUGAAUCCUAUUUCUUCACAUUCUCAUUCAUCACGAGUAAAAUCUGAAUAAAAUACCUCCACAAUCCCAACAGGCAAGUCGUCAUCUACGCAUUUGCAUUGCAAGCUGAAAAUGGGAAAGCAAUCCUACUUACACAAGCAGAAACUCAGAAGGGGCUUGUGGUCUCCUGAGGAGGAUGAGAAGUUGCUCAAACACAUAGCUGAGUAUGGACAUACAAGCUGGAGCUCCGUCCCCAAGCUGGCAGGUCUGCAGAGAUGUGGCAAAAGCUGCCGACUGAGAUGGAUAAACUACCUCAGACCUGACCUCAAGAGAGGAAAAUUCUCACAGGAAGAGGAAGAUAUCAUCAUUGAACUCCAUGCAGUCCUGGGCAAUAGGUGGUCUCAGAUUGCAGCACAGUUGCCUGGAAGAACUGAUAAUGAAAUCAAGAACCUAUGGAAUACAUGCAUUAAGAAGAAGCUAAGGAAAACGGGUAUUGAUCCAAAUACGCACAAGCCUUUCUCGGAGAUUGAGGGCACAGAAGAUGAUAAAAUUUCUUCUGGCAGUGGAAGCCUGAAGCAAACAGAGCUCGAGUCAGAUCUCACGCUUAUGCAAGGUAUUGAAGAUUCGGCAUCGAAAUCCAACGGUUACUUUUCUCUAUCUAAGCUAAGUUGCAGCACUUCAACCACUACCCUCUCCGUGAGUUCAAAUCCUCUUCUUCUCUUGCAUAACCAGAAUAACAGAGGAUUAGGCUUGAAUCCAGAGCUGAGUUGCAGCUCGAUAGCCUCAGCCACAACGUUUGUUUCGAGUUCAAUUUUCUACAAUUCAAUGGACUCAAAUAGCAGUAGCAGCAAAAGCAGCUCCUUUUGGUUUGAUGGUUUGAGCUCAUGGCCAGAUUUGACGACAGAGAGAGGAAACAAAUAUCUUCUAACAGGGGACAGUGAAGAGAUGGAAAGGUUUCAGUAUCUUCAGGGAAAAUUUUUAGCGCCGUCGCUUCCCCACUACCAAAGCCAGCCUUUACAUGCUGGAGACCUCCAGGUAGAAAGCCAUUUUGAGCUGGAAAGCUUGAAUCUUUGCUUUCAGAAUCAUCAGCCUGAGCUGCCGCAGCUGCAGUCUUAGGAUUUAUAUGCGAUGAACUUGCAAAGGAUUUCUACAGUGUUUGAACAUCUUUAGCUCUUUUUUAUUUAUUUAUUUGAUGAAUCAAUGAGAGUGAAAGGAAGGAAGAUGCAAAAGUAUGCUCUUUUAUCAACUAAUAUUUAAGUUUACAAAA